UAUAGUGAAAAUAAUUCUCCAUAGGCAUAAUGGAUAAAAAUGCAUACAUGAGUGACAUGAUGACUUGUCAUGAUGAUGAAGCUACAAGAACAUCUCCUUCAGAAGGGCUGGAAGAGGGGGAAGUAGAAGGAGAGACUCUUCUUAUAGUAGAAUCUGAAGAUCAGGCAUCAGUGGAUUUGAGCCAUGAUCAAAGCGGGGACUCUGUGAAUAGUGAUGAAGGAGAUACAUCAUGGACAGAGGAGUUAUCUUAUUACUGUGAAAGAUGUCAAAAAUGGUUGCCAACAAGUCAUUCAAGAGAGCAGAUCACCUAUCUUAAAGGUGAUAACUUUUUCAAGUUUACUUGCUCUGAUUGCUCAGAAGAUGGGAAGGAGCAGUUUGAACGGUUGAAGCUAACAUGGCAGCAAGUUGUCAUGCUGGCUAUGUAUAAUCUGUCUCUAGAAGGAAUUGGUCGCCAAGGUUAUUUCCGAUGGAAAGAAGACAUUUGUGCUUUUAUUGAAAAACACUGGAGUUAUCUACUAGGAAACAGAAAGAAGACAUCUACAUGGUGGAGCACUGUUGCUGGUUGCCUUUCUGUGGGAAGCCCUCUGUAUUUUCGCUCAGGGGCUCAGGAAUUUGGAGAACCAGGAUGGUGGAAACUUGUUCACAAUAGGCCCCCUAUAAUGAAGCCUGAAGGAGAGAAACUUUCUGUGUCUUCCCUAAAAGCAAAAGGUUCAAAACUGUCUAUAGAUCCAAUCAUUACAGUCGAGGGGCUUAGAAAGCGAGUGAGCCGCAAUCCAGUAGAAUCUGCUAUGGAGCUGAAGGAAAAACGGUCUCGCACUCAAGAAGCCAAAGAAAUCAGGAGGGCUCAGAAAGAAGCAGCUGGCUUCUUGGACAGGAGUACAUCCUCUACACCAAUCAAAUUCACCAGUCGAAACAGGCAUUCAGACAUUAUGCUUGAAAAGGGGGAGGUGAUUGACUUUUCCUCCCUCAGUUCUUCCGAUCAAACACCUUUGACUAGCCCAUCUCCUUCUCCCUCUCUGGAUUUUUCUGCUCCUGGAACUCCAGCGUCACAUUCAGCUACACCUAGCCUGCUUUCAGAAGCUGAUCUUAUUCCAGAUAUAAUGCCACCCCAGGCUCUUUUUCAUGAUGAUGAAGAGUUGGAAGGUAUGAUAGACCCAGGAAUAGAAUAUAUUCCUCCAUCUGAUGCAUCAGGGGGAAUGAUCCAAAAGAAAAUGAAGCUGUCUGAUCAGAUUAAACAAGAGCUGAUGUGUGAAGAAGGAAGAGCAGAGAGGCUAGUCAAUGAUGUGGAAAAUCAUAGUAGUACACAUGGCUUCCUUCAAGACCAAGGUUCAGAGAAGCAGAAGACCCAACUGGCUCAUAAGGAUUCUCAGUCUAAAUACACUUCUAUUGGUAUCUAUGAAGAAAAACUUCUUUUGAGGAACUUGGAGGCCUAUCCAAAUGCAACAGACAUGACUCCUGAGGCUCGGAGGCUGAGGCGCAAGCUGAUAGUCCGAAAGACAAAACGAGAGAAUGGUCUUCCCCUUUUUAACUUGGAUGAUAUCGUGAAUUCUGCUCUUAUCUUGGUCGAUCAGUUUUAUGGAACUAAGGAAAGAAAUGCUUCCUAUGUCCCAGCAGAUUAUGCAGUAUACAAAACUUCUUGCCAGGCUUUCCGAAUCUUGGAUCGAUAUCAGACUAAGGUUUCUGCUGUGAAAGAGUUCCAACAUAGAACGACAACAUUUUGGUGCCGACUUGUAGGCUCUGAAGAUACGACUGAUCCUAGCAUUAUCAGUCCCUAUACUUCUCGUGUUUUGAAACCUUAUAUCAGACGUGAUUAUGAGAAUAGGCCCCCAAAACUUCAGUUGCUGAUGGAAAUACGAGCUCAUUAUCAUAAGAACGAUCCAAGCUGGACUGCUGAACCAGAAGCCCCAAUUGAUUAUUGCUAUGUGCGCCCCAAUCACAUCCCGACCAUUAAUUCAUUGUGCCACGAGUUCUUCUGGCCAGGGAUUGAUCUGUCAGAAUGCCUGCAGUAUCCAGAUUUCAGUGUUGUCGUUCUUUACAAAAAAGUUAUAGUUGCUUUUGGUUUUAUGGUGCCAGAUGUCAAAUAUAAUGAAGCGUAUAUCUCUUUCCUUUUCGUUCAUCCGGAGUGGAGACGAUCAGGGAUUGCAACUUUUAUGAUAUAUCAUCUUAUUCAGACUUGCAUGGGAAAAGAUGCAACUCUCCAUGUCUCUGCUAGUAAUUCUGCAAUGCUGUUAUAUCAGAAGUUUGGAUUUAAAACUGAGGAAUAUAUUUUAGAUUUUUAUGACAAAUAUUACCCUUUGGAUAGUAAGGAAUGCAAACAUGCCUUCUUCCUGAGGUUGCGACGAUAAUACGUAGGCUUAGUAGAUACGUUUGUAGAAAACCUGCCAUUAAAGAAAAACUUGGCCUAGAAUGCUGCUUAGUACUGUUUUAUUCAUUGGUGAUAAGCUGGAUACCUGCUGUUCAGCUUUUCUGAGAAGGGCGAUUCUUUGACAUUUCUGAGAUGAAUUCUUUACAAGAAAAAUCCAUUAAAAAUAAAAAUUCAAUUUAUUGUAAAGGUGAAAUUUGUGCUGAUUGUUGGUGGAGAAGUGCUUUGGUCUUUUUGUUACCCUUUUGGCUUGUUGAUUGUCUAUUUUGCAUAAUCUAUAGAUAUUAUGUCUAUGUGACUUGUGAUGGCUAAUUUAUCAGAAUGCCAAGCUUCUAAAAAUUACCUAGCAUUUUUGGACUUGUGUCAGAACCCAGUUGUUGGGAGGGGGGUUAUUUCUUUAUUCUUGCAGGUUCUGCCAAUAUCCUGGGAGGAAGGGGGAGUUAUGGGUACUACAAUGUAUCCUCUCCGCUUUCCUCUAUCCUUUCCCUUGCUGCCAGACUAGGGUGAGAAUGGAAUGUGCCUCCAGCCAUCUGCCUUAUCUCUAGCUGCAGAAGAAGAGGUACUAAGACGUAACAGUCUAACAACCUUGGGAAUGGCGCCUUAUCUGCAGUUCCCACAGCAGAUUCAUACCUGGGGAUUGGGCCGUUUGAACCAGCUGGACUGACUAUUGGGGCGGGGUUUGCAAGUACUCUUUUAAUCUAUUGAUUCACGUGGGAAACUCUCAGAUUCUGCCUUUUAUGCCUGCUGUCAAUUUCUCCUAAUAAAAAUUCC